CAAAUUAAUUUUUAAAUAAAUCAGAACAGAUAGAAUGCCACUAUGCAAUUGAAAAAGAACAAAAAACGAAUGAAAAGCAGACGCAUUACUAAUAUUCCCACCAAGAAAUCAAUUAUGACCAAUCUUUGACAAAACAACAAUUCUUGGUUUGAUAUUUAUAAAAGGGUAGUCUAACCCCAUUAUACAUCAUCUUGAGGCCUAACAAAACACUCCAAGCAGCAAAAAUAACAUUUUCUUGUUCAUCUCUAAGUUCUUUUUAGCUAUGGGAUCGACAGCAAAUAUCCAGUUAGCAACACAAUCGGAAGACGAAGAGCGUAAUUGCACGUACGCCAUGCAACUACUCUCAUCGUCAGUGCUUCCCUUCGUUUUGCACUCAACUAUCCAAUUGGAUGUUUUUGACAUACUCGCAAAAGAUAAAGCCGCCACUAAACUAUCUGCUUUAGAAAUUGUGUCUCACAUGCCUAACUGUAAGAACCCUGAUGCCGCUACCAUGCUAGACCGGAUGCUUUAUGUCCUAGCUAGUUAUUCUUUACUCGAUUGCUCGGUUGUUGAAGAGGGAAAUGGGGUGACCGAAAGGCGCUAUGGUCUGUCACGAGUGGGGAAAUUUUUUGUACGUGAUGAAGAUGGUGCAUCCAUGGGACCAUUGUUGGCUUUGCUUCAAGAUAAAGUAUUCAUUAACAGCUGGUUUGAACUAAAAGAUGCAGUACUUGAAGGUGGAGUUCCAUUUGACAGGGUGCAUGGUGUACAUGCAUUUGAAUAUCCAAAAUUGGACCCAAAGUUCAAUGAUGUUUUCAACCAGGCAAUGAUAAACCACACAACUGUUGUCAUGAAAAGAAUACUUGAAAAUUACAAAGGUUUUGAGAAUCUCAAAACUUUGGUUGAUGUUGGAGGUGGUCUUGGUGUUAAUCUCAAGAUGAUUACAUCUAAAUACCCCACAAUUAAGGGCACUAAUUUUGAUUUGCCUCAUGUUGUUCAACAUGCACCUUCCUAUCCUGGGGUGGAUCAUGUUGGGGGAGAUAUGUUUGAAAGUGUUCCACAAGGAGAUGCUAUUUUUAUGAAGUGGAUCCUUCAUGACUGGAGUGAUGGUCACUGCCUCAAAUUGCUGAAGAACUGUCAUAAGGCUCUACCGGACAACGGAAAGGUGAUUGUUGUGGAGGCCAAUCUACCAGUGAAACCUGAUACUGAUACCACAGUGGUUGGAGUUUCACAAUGUGAUUUGAUCAUGAUGGCUCAGAAUCCCGGAGGUAAAGAGCGUUCUGAACAGGAGUUUCGGGCAUUGGCAAGUGAAGCUGGAUUCAAAGGUGUUAACCUAAUAUGUUGUGUCUGUAAUUUUUGGGUCAUGGAAUUUUACAAGUAGAUUUCCACAACCUACUUCGCUCUUAUGAUUAUGUAUUUUCGUGGCACUCUGGGACUGGAAUUUAUAAACUAGCCCAGCUUGAAUGUUUGACGUUGAUUCCUA